AUGCAUUCUAUAUAUCGAUGUAUCGACUACAACGACCUGACUCCGAUGCAGCGUCUCGACAAAAUUAAACAAAUGAAUCUGUGUGAAAAUUGUUUACGAGAGCAUGUUGUUGACGACUGUCCAUCUAAGGUACGUUGUACGAUCUGCAAGAAAAAACAUCAUCAUACUUUGCACAUUGAUUCUGUUGCAAGUUCGAAUCCUAGUGCGGUUACAUUGACAUGUUCAGCGGACUUGACUGUCUUGCUCGGCACCGCAGUUAUACACGUCGCAGAUUGUUGGGGCCAGUACCAACCCGUACGUGCUAUAAUAGAUAGCGGCGCUAUGUCGAGCUACAUAACUCAAGACUGUAUCAAGCGCCUCGGACUGUCGAGACGUAAAUGUAAUUUUAAACCUAGCGGUCUAGGUGGUAACCCAGUACGCGAAUAUGGUUUAAGUACAUGUAAAAUUAAGCCGCUACACGGUACCGGUCCUAUCUUGUCGACCGAUGCGGUUAUCGUUUCAGCUAUUACAGGUAACUUACCUACGGUGCACCUCCCUCAGAGGACUGUUGUGGAGUUUCAUCACUUAACGUUAGCUGAUCCGUAUUUUUAUAAACCUACGCCAGUCGAAUUAUUAAUUGCUAGUGAUCUAUUUCCUUAUAUCUACAAUGGCGAUAAGAUCUUUUCUCGUUACCAAGGGAUGCCUGUCGCGAUGGGUUCCAUAUUUGGAUAUAUUAUAUUGGGACAGGUUGAGCUUAAUCAUACGGAUACUGUCAGAGACGGAGAACUGCCUGCUGACUCGAGUCGGAGUGGUACGUUUUGCGGACUUUCCAUAAAUCUCGAUCAAAUAAUGCACUCCUUUUGGGAAGUUGAGAAUAUGCCGACUGAUACACCUCUCCGUAGUCCAGAGGAGGAAUUAGCAGAGAGUCUAUUCCUGAAAGACUAUCGACGCGACGACUCGGGUAGAUAUGUAGUCAAGUAUCCGUUUCGUCCCUCGGUUGAAUUAGGCGACUCAAGUCAAAUGGCAACUCGUCGAUUUCAUAACUUGGAAUUGAAACUGAAACGAGAUCCUGAGUUGAAAGUUCAGUAUCAUAAAUUUAUGCGCGAGUAUGAGGAUCUCGGUCAUAUGACUUGUCUUGGUGAUGUCCAGAACGUGGAUUCGAAAUAUAUCAUCCCGCAUUUUUGCAUCAUCAAGCCAACAAGCACCACGACAUCUCAUCGCGUAGUAUUUGAUGCUUCUGGCAAGACUUCAAAUAAUAACUCGCUGAAUGAUUUGGUGUUACCGGGUCCUAAACUUCAAGCUGACAUUGUAGAACUAUUAAUAAAUUUUCGUCUUCAUGAAAUAUGUCUCUCUACAGAUGUUUGUAAAAUGUAUAGGAUGAUAACUCUCGAUGAGAGUCAACGUCCGUAUCAACAUAUUUUAUGGCGUUACUCUUUAGAUCAACCUAUACAAAUAUAUCAGUUGAAUACAUUGACAUAUGGCGUUGCUAGUUGUCCAUAUUUAGCUAUUAAAGUACUUCAUACUUUAGCGCAUGACGAAGUAGAGCGAUUUCCGUUAGCUUCACCCAUUUUAAAACGGGCCUUUUUUAUGGAUGAUUUUCUUUGGUCUGUAGCUACCGUUAGAGAGGCGAUAGCGCUUCAGACGGAGCUAAUUAAUCUCUUGAAGGCUGGUGGUUUUAUUCUCCGAAAAUGGUCGAGCAAUUGUCCUGAAGUCAUGGAGCACCUGGAUGAAGCUCAUCGCGAAACGCCAGUUGCAUUCGAUGAUGAUACUAACAUGUCUAUCAAGGUGUUGGGACUUCAGUGGUUGCCAGCCAGUGAUAUGUUCACAUUCGCUACUACUUCGCCUAAUCCUGUCAUUUCAAAACGAACAGUCUUGUCCCAGAUUGGUCGACUAUUUGAUCCCCUAGGUUUUGCGGCUCCGUGUGUUUUUUAUGCAAAGUGCUUCAUGCAGGAACUAUGGGCUCGACAAUUAGGUUGGGAUCAAACCUUACCUUUUGACCUUGAAGCUCGAUGGCGGACAUAUAUCAAUGAAUUAUCAUUAUUGUCAAAAUUAAAACAUGAUCGCCAUAUCAAGGUAUCUCGCUAUAAUUAUUGUCAGAUUCUAGGUUUUUGCGAUGCCUCGACUCUUGGUUAUGCCGCGGUUGUUUAUAUUCGAUCCAAUAACGCAGAUGGUGAAAGUAAAAACAGUCUAGUUAUUGCUAAAUCUAAGGUCGCGCCCUUAAAGACUGUUACCAUACCCCGUCUAAUGGCUGCUCAUUUGUUGGCUAAAUUAGUAAAAUAUACCCAGUCAAUUCUACAUGAUCGAUUAACAGUUAAUGACACCUUGUUGUUUACCGAUUCUUCCGUUGUUUUGUCAUGGCUCAACACGCCAUGCCAAAGUCUCAAAACUUUUGUUUCAACUAGGGUGUCCAAAAUUAAUGAUAGUGUACCUAGUCAAUGCUGGCAUCAUGUGAGUGGUGCUUCUAACCCAGCUGAUAUUUGUUCUCGCGGUGCCUUACCAUCAGCAUUAAUUGUUAUGCAUGAAUGGCUUAACGGGCCUGACUGGCUUAAUCUGGACCCAUCACAGUGGCCUAUUAAGACUAUUGAUGAAUUUCGUGAUGCUAAUCCACCUGAACUUAAGAGUACAAAAAUGCCAGUACUUAUUACCACAGAAUCUGACUCAGAUAAUUUAAUUUAUAGUCUUACGGAAAGGUAUUCAAAUUUUGUUAAAUUGAUCAAUAUUGUAGCACGAUGCUAUCUUUUUAUUGAUAACUGCAAAUCCACUGCUUCGAAAAGAAGAUCACUUUCAAUUGCUGACAUUAGAAAGCACAUGACAGCUUGGUAA